AAAUCCAUUUUAUUCAGGUCGAGUCAGUCUAUCUGGUGGCAGUGUCCGUGACGGUGACGUUUCAGGCUCCAAAAUCCCAAAACCAUGGCCCAGGACAUGACUCUGCUGUGGGGCUCCGGCUCUCCUCCCUGCUGGAGGGUGAUGAUCGCUCUGGAGGAGAAGGACCUGCAGGGAUACAACCAGAAACUGCUCUCCUUUGAGAAAAAUGAGCAUAAGUCCCAAGAAGUGUUAGAUUUAAAUCCAAGGGGACAGCUUCCCACCUUCAAACAUGGUGACAUCAUUGUGAAUGAAUCCUAUGCAGCCUGCUUUUACCUGGAGAGUCAGUUUAAGUCCCAGGGCAACAAGCUGAUCCCAGACAGCCAGACAGAGCAAGCACUGAUGUACCAACGCAUGUUUGAGGGUUCCACCUUCUACGACAAACUCAAUACAGUCAUUUACUAUGAGUGGUACGUCCCUGAGGGAGAGAGACAUGACUCUGCCCUGACGAGAAACAAGGAGGCUCUAACCACUGAGCUGAAGCUCUGGGAGGGUUACCUGCAGAAGCUGGGCUCCAACACUUGCCUGGCUGGACCGACCUUCUCUCUGGCAGAUGUGAUCGUGUUUCCGACUGUGGCCACCCUUUUCAGAUUUGGGAUGUCUGCGGAGCGUUACCCCAACUUGGGAGCGUAUUAUGCUCUGCUGAAGGAGCGGCCCAGCAUCAAAGCCAGCUGGCCUCCACACUGGCUGGAGAACCCCAAGGGCCAAGACACACUCAAAGACAUCUGAGGCCCCCGGAAACAGUUCGCUGUCACGUCCGCCUGUAGCGUUUUUGGUUUAUGUAGCUUAACUUCACAGUUUGUAGAAUGUAGAACACUAACCCUUUACUUGUCCGGCUUUAAAAAGGGAAGAAAGUGUCAAGAACGGAAAUGUGUUCUCAAAGUAUUACAGUUGUAAAAGAAUAAUUAAUUUUUUGUCAGGCUAACUUUAAAUCCUUUUUUUUUCUCUUUCACAGCUGCGUGUUUCUGUCCAAUCUUUACAUCAGAAAUCAGUCGAUUUACAAAUUAAAAUGUGCAGAGUGUAGUGUUUGCAGGGUAACAAGCAUAGGCUGCAGGAAAAUGUCACAUUAUAAUACUGUAAACAUUGCACCUUUUUGUUGAACAGAUAAAUGGCAUGUGUAACGAACAAAUCCCUGUUGACUAAUAAAUGCAUUAAAACAGCA